AUGGUCGCCAAUUUGCAUUUCACAUUCUUCACGGUGAAGCACCCAAAUUGUAGAAAGCCAUUUGAUGAUCGUGGGGGAACGCUGGCACACUCAACCUAUCCGCCGGUUGGCAAGAGUCACUAUGAUGCAGAUGAAAUAUGGGUGAUCGACCAUCAGAAAUUGGCAGAAAUGGAGGGAUCGAGAGACCUGCAAUCUCUCGCCCUUCAUGAGAUCGGCCAUCUUCUGGGGUUGGCUCUCUUAAGGAAAGGGACGACUCUACCAAAGAAAGGCUCAACAGUAAAAGAAUUGAAGAUGGAAAGAAGCUCAGUGGUAAUGGUAAAAGAAUUGAAGAUGGAAAGAAGCUCAGUGGUAAUGGCAAAAGAAUUGAAGAUGGAAAAAAGAUACAAGAAUCUCUCAAAUUAA